GACAUAUUCCUGCGGUUAAGUUGAAUUGUAGCGAACAUACAACGCAAGUGUGGGGAGCAGCGAGAACAAACACAGCAAGCAGGCGAAGCAUAAGCACAAGAAAGCGCACAAAUAGAAGAAGAAAAAGAAGGAGAAGAACUAGAUGAAGAAGAAGCAGCAGCAGUGGUGAUAGCAGUACAUUAGUAUUAUUAUCUCUCGUGAUUUGCACAACGCAACCGGCCGACCGUCCGACCGGAGUAUUCCUCAUUCCACCAACGCCAGCGCAAGCGACAGUGACGACGCCAGCAGCGCUACAUCGACAUCGACAUCGACAUCGACUCUGACGAAGACGAAAAGGAAGUCUUGAGCUCCAUUCGGUUGUGCGCCGUCGUGCGGUACGGACGUCAAUUACGGUUCGCUUGUGGUGGUUAGUUGGCAUUUCAGUCACACAAAUCUCAACUUGCGAGGACUGUGUCGGAUCUUGAAUUUACUUGUAGUUUUUGCAGUCAUAAACAAAUAAAAGCAAAAGAGGAUUAAAAAAACUAGCAAAAGUUUAAAGCACGUCGCGCCAACUUUUGUUUAUUAAAAUUUUUAGUUUGCAUUAUUUUUGAAAUACUUUUAAAAUUUCAUUUGGCGUUGACAUUAAAUUUUCCAAGUGAAAAUAUUCACGCACACAAUCAACCGACCGCAUACAGACGGCGAAAAGCAAAAUGGGGUCUCAAGUACCCCAAAGUAGGACGUCCGCGAGGAUUGCCUCGCUGAUUUUCAAAGUGGUAGCCGUGCUGCUGAUAUUGCAUGCCACAUGUGGCACCUACCAUACUGCAACGGCUAAGCAACUAAGCAACGCCGACAUCACCAUAGAUGACACCUUCGACAUUGAUCAGUUUGAUGAAGCACCCGCCGCCAACCCAAAUGUCUUAUUGGCGCGCAACACACGCGAUCUCGACACACAAUCCAUGUUGGAGGACGAAUUGCAACCAGUCGCGGCCGAGGAAGAUGCUGAGGCUAACAGCAGCUGGCUACUGAAGGGUGUGACGCGCGUGCGCCGCGAGCUGAGUCGCCUAUUCGGCAAAACAGAAGACAAGUCAGCCAAGCAGGCCCACCAUCGCCGCAAUCACAACCAGAGCGGCAAGGAGGUGCACCACAAGCAUCCAAAGCACAAGCCACAUAAAAGUAAGCGAGUCAACAAGCACCCACAAGGUAAUGCCCAGAAUACCGUGAAACAUUUAGCGAAGAAACACUCGAAACGACAGAGCGAUUACGAUGGCUCCGGCGAUGGUGAUGAGGAUUUUGGUACUACGCCAUUAGCGAUUUGGCGUACACAAUUCAUCAUUACAGAGCCAUGGAACGUGGCGUAUGCCGAUCCCAAGAGCAAGGAAUUCCUUGAGUUGCAUCGUCAAUUGGAGAUUUCUUUCCGCGAACUUUUCCAAUCCACGCACAAUGAUGAGGACUUUGACAUCAGUCCAACAUUAUUGACAGUAAUUCAACACAAUGACAGCUUCAAGGUAUACGUCAUCGUACAGCUGGAACUGCCCGAAGAGGUCACAGAUUUCAACGAAGUGUUCGCCAAUCAAAUUGCUCGCUACAACCGGUUGGGCAAUUUGGGCGUCGAGGCCGAUAAUCGCUACUACUUCAGACUCGUGCGCGACAUGAAUGAACCACUCGAUUACGGUUAUGAUACACCAAUUGAGUAUGACGGUGAAGACGGCGGCGUCAAUGGGAAUGACAAUGGUGCCGAAGGUGGUUUCGGCGCUGAAGGUAACGGCGAAGUUAUACAUGAAAAUGAGUUGUCUGUUACCUCCAACUACCAGUACGACUGUGAUCGUAAUCCGGAUGGCGAAUUCCAAUGCUCAGAUGGUUCACUCAUAGCUUGUGCUGACCAUUGCAACCGCUAUCCUGAUUGUCCAGAUGGAUCUGAUGAGGAGGCGGAUUUAUGCCAACCGAUAUAUGAAGAAGAGGAUCGCCGCCAAGCGGAACAAGAUCAGCGUGAGCGCGCCGAAGAAGAACAACGACGACAACUCAAAGAAGAACAACGGCAACGCGCAGAUGAGGAGCGCCGUUUAGCGGAAGAAGAGGAAGCACGCCGUCGCGCUGAGGAAGAAGAUGAAGCGUUACGUUUAGCCGAGCGGGAGGAAGACGAACGACGACGUGCAGAAGAAGAACGUCGUUUGUACGAAGAGGCAGAAGAGCGUCGUCGCAUGGAAGAAGAAAGAGAAGGGGAGGUGAGCGGAAGUGAGAAUCAACCACAGCCAAAUGAAAAUGAUGAAGAAGAUGAACGUGCACGUGCUGAACAAGAGGAAGAGGAACGCCGCCGCGCUGAAUAUGAAGAAGAGGAGCGUCGUCGUGCCGAAGAAGAACGUCUUCGUGCUGAACAAGAAGAAGAGGAACGUCGUCGAACUGAAUAUGAAGAAGGAGAACCCCGUCGUGCUGACGACGAACGUCGACGUGCUGAACAAGAAGAGGAACGCCGUCGUGCUGAAUAUGAAGAAGAGCGUCGUCGUGCGGAAGAUGAACGUCUACGUGCUGAACAAGAAGAAGAGGAACUCCGUCGCGCUGAAGACGAACGUCUACGUGCUGAAUAUGAAGAAGAAGAACGUCGUCGCAAUGAAUACGAACGUGGCCGAGACCCUUACGAAGGACCUGUUGACUCCGAAACACCCUUACGACCUGCACAACCCGAAGUCACUGAAGUACCGGAAGACGUUUCUCAUGGCUCUGCUUUUGAUGAGGGUUCUGGCGACGACACGCAUGGCAUAUCGACGGAUCGCUCUACGCUUUUCACACCAUUCGGUUGCCGCGGUGAUGCUUCGUUCACUUGCGCCGAAAGCGGUGUGCAGAUAUGUGACGAACAACGCUGUGAUGAUCACGAAGACUGUCCAGAUGGUGAAGACGAAAUAGGAUGCUCCGAAGAGGAGAAUGGCGGAGGCGAAGAAGGCUACGGCAAGGAAGAAGACUAUGAAAAGGUUUGUGCCGAAUACGAAUUUAAAUGUGAUGAACGCUGUUUGCCUCGUGAGUACCUAUGCAAUGGCGCAGAGGAAUGUCUCGAUGGCUCCGAUGAGGCGAACUGCCCAACCGUGGUAGCGAAAGAAUGCUCACCGAAUGAGUACAGAUGUCGUGCCGGCAAUUGCAUUGACAGUGCGCGUCGCUGUGAUCGCGUGCGUGACUGCCCCGAUGGCGAUGAUGAGGACGCCAGCUGCCUUAUCGGUUGCCGCGAGGACGAAUACCUUUGCAAGGAUGGCCAACGCUGCAUUAGCAGCACGAAGGUUUGCGAUCGCGUGACCGACUGCAUAGGCGGCGACGAUGAGGACCAAUGUGAAGGCAGUGGUGAGUCCGAAUGCAGAUACAACGAAUUCCAAUGCGACAACGGUCAGUGCAUACCGAUGCGUGAGUUAUGCGAUAAUAUCUAUGAUUGCGUAGAUUAUUCAGAUGAGAAGGAUUGUGCUAUUGAGGAUAUUGAGCGGAACAUCUUCGACGAGGAUGAAAUCAUACGCGAAUACGCGCCACACCAGCGCAAACACGCCCCGACAAAGGGACCUUCGCUCGAUGGUCUGGACGCGCAAGAGUACUACCUCGUUCAGCAGAACCUCUAUCAAAAGGCCAGCGCGCGGAAUCCCUGCAACAGUCAGCAAUUCAGGUGUGGCAACAAUGUUUGCAUACCAUUGCAACUGCGUUGCGACGGUUUCUACCACUGCAAUGAUAUGACGGACGAGUAUGGCUGCGAUCAGUACAAUGUUGAUAAGCGUCGCACCACAGCGCGGCCCUCCAAUUUGAUGCGGACGACGGAGGUUGGACAGAUGAUACCAUGGUGGCGCACCACGGCUGCCACAACAACGCCGCGACCAACAGCUGGUAGAUGGAACACGACGUUCCCAACCACAACGCGUAUUGCUACCACCGUAGCGCCUAGCUACAACAACACAUGUCUCGAAAAUAUUGAGUUUACGUGCCAAAAUGGCGAUUGCAUUCCGAUCGAGAGCGUUUGUGACGGCACAGCCGAUUGCGCGCGUCGCGAAGACGAAGACUAUAAUUUGUGCACCUGCAGCAGCGACAAGUGGAAAUGUUUGCACGGCGGCGGUUGCAUACCGAAAACGCAAGUCUGCGAUGGCAAACGACAGUGCAAGGAUGGCAGCGACGAAAGUAUUUGUCAUUUUCAUGCUAAAUAUAAUAAGACACGCAUUGCCAAUGAAUGCCUUAGCUUUCAGUAUCAAUGCGCCGAUGGUAUCUGCAUUUCGGGUUACAAACGCUGCAACGGCAUUACCGAUUGCGUUGAUGGUUCCGACGAAAUAAAUUGCCCGUUGAAUUACGAUGACGCAAAUUACGAUUUCGAACCGGAUCCAGCGCUCAGCGAAUGCGAUAUUUAUGAAUUUGAGUGCGACUACUCGCUGUGUAUACCGAUCGAAAAGAGAUGCGACGGUUAUCCGGACUGCAAUGACGAGACCGAUGAAUUUAACUGUCCGCCGUUUACAGAGCAUUGCCAUGAAAGCGAAUUCGAAUGCGAUCAGAAUUAUUGCAUACUACGCGAUCAACAAUGCAAUGGUAUUGCCAAUUGCAAUGAUGGAACCGACGAACAAAAUUGCACACACUGUCAUGAUAAAGCUUUUCUCUGCAACACUGGCGAAUGCAUUUUGCCCAAACUGCGUUGCAAUGGCCAGGUCGAUUGCGUCGAUUCCAGUGAUGAGCUGAACUGCGAAGCCAUUCGCCACUCACCGGAAGACUGUUCGGCGGAUCAAUUCUUCUGCGACGAUGAAUGCCACCACGGAUCGAUACGCUGUAACGGUUAUAGCGAUUGCACUGACGGCAGCGAUGAGAUCAACUGCAUGUCUUAUCCACCUACGCGAAGGCCUGUGCCGAUCUACCCAUGUCCGAUACACACCUGCCCGAAUGGCAAAUGCUACUCGGAGAGCGAACGUUGCGAUGGCUCACGCGACUGUGACGACGGCGCCGAUGAGGCAAAUUGCACCACCUGCAAGGAUAAUGAGUUUCUCUGCUUUGACCGUCACUACUGCAUAAAUGAGACUCAGCAUUGCGAUGGAUACUACGAUUGCAAAGAUUUCUCUGAUGAGCAAAAUUGCAUUGGCUGUGCCGCCAAUCAGUUCCGCUGCCGUAACGGUGAUUGUGUUUCGGGCAGUGCUUAUUGCAAUGGUUAUCGUGAUUGUCGCGACGGCUCGGACGAGGAGGACUGCUCAGAGCCCAGCUAUGAUGCGGGACGCGGUUGUUCCGUUUCGCAGUUCCGUUGCAGCAACGGGCAGUGCAUCAAUGCGGCGGCGCGUUGUGACGGCUACACCGAUUGUGCCGACAGUUCGGAUGAGCUUUCGUGCAGAGUUCCAGACGCAUCACCGUCCAAUCCACAAUUGAAUCUGAGGACCUACCCUGAUAGUCAAAUUAUCAAAGAAAGAUAUAUUAAGGAGGGUCGUGAAGUCAUCUUCCGUUGUCGUGACGAAGGUCCAGUGCGCGCCCGUGUCAAGUGGACCCGCCCUGGCGGUCGCCCACUGCCAAUCGGUUCACGAGACAAUGGCGAUGGUCGUCUGGAGAUUCCAAACAUUCGCUCUGAGGACUCUGGUCAAUAUAUUUGUGAAGCUGCUGGCUAUCCCCGUCAUGUGCCUGGACAACAAGUUACCGUACAUUUAACCGUUGAAAAAUCCAAUCCCACGAACGACCGACCCCCCACAGCUUGUCGCGCAAACCAGGCUACUUGUCGCAACAACGAAUGUAUCGACAAAUCUCAAAUCUGUGACGGCAUCCCACACUGUUCGGACGGCUCUGAUGAAGAGAGCUGUAGCCACGGCCUCAAAUGUCAGCCCAAUCAGUUCAUGUGUCGCAACUCGCGUUGUAUUGAUCGCAUCUGGCGCUGUGACGGUGAAGACGAUUGCUUCGACAACUCCGAUGAAGAUAGCUGCGAUCCCGAGCCAAGUGGUGCGCCAUGCCGCUAUGACGAAUUCCAAUGCCGCAGUGGCCAUUGCAUUCCCAAAAACUUCCAGUGUGACGACACAAAUGAUUGUAUCGAUGGUACCGAUGAAAUCGGUUGCAUGGCUCCUGCUCCAAUUCGUCCACCACCACCUUACAUUCGCCUGCAACAAGGCGAUCCAUUGAAUUUGACUUGUGUGGGUACUGGUGUACCAGUGCCACUGAUCGUCUGGCGUUUGAACUGGGGUCACGUACCCGAAAAGUGUGUCGCAAAGAGCCAUGCUGGCACCGGCACACUCUACUGCCCCGAUAUGGAUACUCAGGACCAAGGUGCCUACUCUUGUGAAAUACUGAACUCGAAGGGACGCAACUUUGUGACUCCCGAUACUCAGGUGACCGUCGAUGCUCGUGAACAUGUGGAUGUUUGUCCCGCUGGCUUCUUCAACAUGCUCGCCCGUCGCCAAGAUGAAUGUAUCAACUGCUUCUGCUUUGGCAUAUCGAAGUCUUGCAAGAGCGCUAAUCUCUACAACUUUGCCAUCCAACCGACAAUAAUUUCGCACAAGGUCAAGAACGUUGAACUUAACCCAUACAGUGACAUUAUCAUCAACGAUGCACAGUCGCCCGAUAUUCUCAGUCAGCAUCAUGGCGUGCAGUUCCGCGUAUCCGAUGUGGGAUAUAAUAGUCGCGAGCAGCCGUAUUUGGCGCUACCUAACGAAUACAUGGGCAACCAGCUCAAGUCUUAUGGCGGCUAUAUGCGCUAUGAGGUUAACUACAUGGGUAAUGGACGCCUCAACCAGGCACCAGACGUCAUAAUCACUGGAAAUGGAUUUACGCUCACACAUCGCGUACGCAUUCAACCAGAACCAAACGUCAACAACAAGAUCUCAGUACAAUUUAACUCUGGAAACUGGUACAAGACUGACGGACGUCGUGCUACACGCGAAGAGAUUAUGAUGGUUUUGGCUAAUGUGGACAACAUCCUCAUACGCUUGAGUUACAUUGAUGCCACUGAACGUGAAGUAGAGCUCACCAAUAUUGUAAUGGACUCAGCUGGUCUGGACGACCAAGGCUUGGGCUCAGCUUCAUUGGUCGAAAAAUGCGCCUGUCCACCCGGUUACGUUGGUGACUCUUGCGAAUCUUGUGCGCCUGGUUAUGUACGCGAGAAGUAUGGUCCUUGGUUGGGCCGCUGCGUACCGUUCGUUCCGGAGCCUUGCCAACCUGGUACCUAUGGCGAUCCCGGUCGUGGCAUACCAUGCCGUCAAUGCCCAUGCCCACAAACUGGCGCCAAUAACUUUGCCAGCGGUUGUCAACUCAGCCCUGACGGUGAUGUUACCUGCAACUGCUACGAGGGGUACACAGGCAGACGUUGUGAGAUCUGCGCACCUGGCUACCAAGGCAACCCGCUGAUCCCAGGUGGCAGCUGCCACCGCAUACCAGAGAGCACAUGUAACGCCGAGGGCACUUACUAUCCACAUCCUAACGGCACAUGCGAGUGUAAGCCACUGGUGGUCGGCCCACGUUGCGACACCUGCGCACCUGAAUCCUUCCAUUUGAAUGCUUUCACUUAUACCGGUUGCAUUGAGUGCUUCUGCAGUGGUCUGACAAAACAAUGUUCCAGCAGCAGUUGGUAUCGUGACCAGGUAUCUUCGAACUUUGGACGCUCUCGCGCACCGCACGGUUUCAACCUUAUUCGAGACUACGAAACCUCUCAACCAUCCCAAGUUAGCUUCCAACAGGCCAAUAGUGCGCUACAAUUUAGUCAACAAUCCACCUCUGAUCCGCUCUACUGGAGCCUGCCGGCGCCAUUCCUUGGCGACAGGAUCACUGCCUACGGCGGCAAACUCUCCUACAAUCUCAGCUACAACCCACUGCCAGGCGGACUUAUGUCCCGCAACAACGCACCCGAUGUGGUUAUCAAGAGCGGUGAAGACUUGACGAUUAUUCACUACCGUAAAGCGGGCGUAAACCCCAACCAACCCAGCUCAUACUCCGUGCCGAUUAUCGAAAGCGCCUGGCAGCGUUCCGACGGACAAGUGGUCAAUCGCGAACACUUGUUGAUGGCGCUUUCGAAGAUCGACGCGAUCUACAUCAAGGCCACUUACACCACCAGCACGAAGGACGGUCAGCUUACGCACGUUUCGCUUGACAUUGCUACACAGAACAAAAUCGGUACACAACGCGCUUUCGAAGUGGAGGAAUGCCGCUGUCCAGUAGGCUACAUUGGUUUAUCCUGCGAGCGGUGUGCACCUGGCUACAAACGUGACACUGAGGCCGGUCUCUACUUGGGUGUCUGCGAACCAUGCGAUUGCAAUGGACACUCAAACCAAUGCGAUGCUGAAACUGGUGUUUGUAUGAAUUGCGACCAUAAUACCGCCGGCGAGUUCUGCGAGCGCUGCGCACCUGGAUACACUGGUAAUGCCUCCGGUAGGACGCCAUACGACUGCUCACCUGAUAGUGGGCCAAGCCCCUACCCACCACCAGCACCGGGCAAUCAGACACAAUGCAGUUACUGUAACCGCGAUGGUACUGUGUCUUGCGACGGCGGCUACUGUGCCUGUAAACCCAAUGUAGUGGGUCCAUACUGCGACCAAUGCCGACCAGGCACGUAUGGCCUCUCCGAACGCAACCCCGACGGCUGCGAAGAAUGCUACUGCUCCGGCAAGAGCAGCCGUUGCAACUCUGCUUCCCUGUACCGCCAACUCAUACCUGUCGACUUCAUCAGCAGUCAGCCAUUGAUCACAGAUGGCGAAGGCAAUAUUGUGGACACUGAAAAUCUAAGCUUCGACCUACCCACCAACAUGUACACCUACAGCUUCACUUCGUACACGGAGAAAUACUGGAGUCUGCGCGGCUCUGUACUAGGCAACCAGCUCUACUCAUAUGGCGGGCAUCUAUCCUACGCUCUAGAUGUGGACUCAUAUGGCCACUAUGAACCAGGAACUGAUGUCAUACUCAUUGGAAAUGGCAUGAAAUUGCUCUGGUCGAGAUCUAGCGAUGAACAAGAAGACACCGAGUACCGCGUGCGCUUGCAUGAAGACGAAAACUGGCUACGCAACGAGCGCGGCCACUCAGUGCGUGCCUCGCGUUUGGAUAUAAUGAGCGUACUAGCCAACCUUGAGCACAUAUUGAUACGUGCGACACCCAAAAUACCAACCACACGCACUAGCAUACGCGACGUAAUACUCGAAUCCGCCGUGGAGCAUCGCACACCCGACGCGCAACUGGCCGUCGAAGUAGAGGUAUGCAGCUGCCCCGCCGGCUACUCAGGCAACUCGUGCGAAAAGUGCGAACCACUACACUACAAGGACAGUUAUGGCAGCUGCGUGGCAUGCCCGUGCCGCGAAGACACCACCGUCGGCUGCAGCCUACAAAACAAUGGCGAAGUGCUCUGUCAAUGCAGAUCAGGCUACUCCGGCCAACAGUGUCAAAUUGAUGAUGACUAUGAACGCCCCACUCAGGCGCCACCAACACCCGCGCCGCAACCCGACUACAAAACGCAAAUUACCGUCUCGAUUGCACCACCUGAGAUUACCAUCAUACCGAUUGGGGGCUCACUGACAUUGUCGUGCACCGGUCGCAUGGCCUGGAGUGGCGUACCCGUCUUCGUGUCUUGGUCGAAGCUCAAUGGUCGCCUGCCAUAUAACGCCGAAGAGGAUGGCGGUGUCUUGCGUUUGUAUGACCUGCAAAUCUAUGACUCCGGUGUGUACAUCUGUCGCGCAGUGAACAACCAGACGCAGCGCGUUUUCGAAGAUCAGAUUUCCAUCACAAUAACAGAGGAUUCUCAACGUACACCGUCACAGAUCAUCAACCUGCCACAAGUCAUUUCCUUCGAGGAGUACCAGCCCAACGAGAUUUACUGCGAAGUUAACGGUCAUCCUACGCCAACUGUCACCUGGACGCGUGUCGACGGUCAAAUGUCCCUCGAAGCUCACACAGAUGGCUCCCGUUUGAUCUUCGAUGCACCACGUAAAUCCGACGAGGGCAGAUAUCGCUGCCAGGCCACCAACGAAAUCGGCAUCGAUGAGAAGUACACGCAAGUGUAUGUACACAUUGCGCCACCCCAACCACCACCGCCACCACGUGAACUUGUCUACAUCGAUCCGCCAUCGUACACUGGCGAAACGGGUGAUAUCGUGCGUCUCACCUGCCAGCCAACCACCUCUAUCUUGCUCGUUUACGAGUGGAAUAAAGACGGCUAUCCAGUGUACCGCCAGCGCAACGUUAUCAUCAGUGGCAAUACGAUUGAGAUCCGCGAGUCCACGCCUCGCGACUCCGGUCUCUACACUUGCAUCGGCAUUGAUCAACGCGGACGGCGCAACUACACCAACGACGCGCAGGUAGUGAUCGAAGAUAGUUCAUAUUCCGUACCAGGACCUCAGCCAGGACCACUGCCGGGCACUAUUGCACCCGUUGUAAAGCGUUUGCCAGAUGAGAACCAUAUCGUGCAGGGCCAAGAUUUCUCCAUUACUUGUGAGGCCACCGGCUCGCCCUACCCCAACAUCAAAUGGACUAAGGUUCAUGAAGCGCUCGCUGACAAUGUGCAACAAACCGGUAACGUUUUGCGCAUCAUAAACGCGCGUCCUGAGAACCGCGGCAUGUACCUGUGUAUCGCUGAGAAUGUUGCUGGCUCUCAUGAAUCGAACACUAUUAUUGAUGUUGAACCACGUGAAAGCCCUUCCGUCGAUAUACAUCCACCUGAGCCGCAAACGGUAAAUGUGGGCACCGAAGCGAUGCUUUACUGCAGUGCCACUGGCAUACCCGAUCCCAGCGUACAGUGGCGUCGCGUCGACGGCAAACCGUUAUCACCACGUAGCAAGGAAAUCAGCGCCGGUUACAUAAUCAUCGGAAAUAUUGAAGUAGAAGACUCUGGUGAUUAUGAGUGUGUCGCAAAGAACGACGUUGGACGCGCGACUGGCAUACAAUCAGUACGCGUUUUGGUGCCACCAAUGAUAACUCUAGAGCCAAGCGAUGAAGUUCUGAGCUUAACUGAAGGUGAUGAGCUCAAGGUGGUCUGCACCGCCACUGGCGUACCCAGCCCAACUGUGCAAUGGGUGGACGAGAGUACCGAAUUCACGCGUGCCUCCCUGCCGGCCAGUCCACAAUACAAUGAGGCCUUCCUGGAGAAAUAUCGCAUCGACCGCAAUGAUGCCAAAUCGUACAAGUGCAUCGCAAGCAACGAAGCAGGCACUGCGGAGAGCUACAUCUCUGUGGAUGUACGUCCACGCCGCGGCGAUGCGUCCAACGACAGCGAUGUGAUUCGGAAUCCACAAUAUCCAUAUCCGUACCAACCACAACCACCCCCACAAUACCCACCAACGCGUCAGCCAGGCUACGGUCCACCACAAAACAUUUAUCGCGCCAAUGAGGGCGACGCCGUCACACUCACCUGUGACUUGAAUAACGUACCGAACCUGUCAACACGUUGGGAGCGUGUGGAUGGUCGUCCCCUGCCAGAUAACUCAUACUUCGAACGCAACAGUCUGAUCAUCAAGCGUGUCGAGGAGCAGAACAGCGGCAAGUACCGCUGCAAUGCAUUGGACAACCGCGGCGCUGUUGUGACAUUCGUCAUCGCCGAGCUGGUUUUAGUGCCCAUUCCACACAUCACAUUCCACCCCAAGAUGCCCAUCGUGGUGGCCCCGAAUGACAACAUCGACAUCUACUGUGAAGUCACUGGUGAACAGCCCAUCGACGUCGCCUGGCACACGGACAACAACCGACCACUCACUGACUCCGUGCGUAUAGAUGGGCAAUACUUGCGCUUCGUCUCCAUUACCCCAGCUGACGCGGGCCGCUACUACUGCUCGGCCUCGAACCGCUACGGCAACACCACCAACAUGGCCGAAGUGGUCGUGAACCGUAAUGGAGCCUAUCAGCCAGCACCGCGCGCUCAAGUCUAUGACAUUCCCGAGGGUGAAGAUGUGACGCUGCAGUGUGAUGUACAGAGCGCGCGCGAACCUAUACGGGGCGAAAUAAGAUACGAAUGGCGUCGCCAAGAUGGUCGCCCGCUGCCACGCAGUGCUCUGAUCCGCGAUCAACGACUCUACCUGCGCGGUGUGCUGAAACAGGAUGAAGGCCGUUACGUCUGCGAGUCAUAUUCGACUGGCGGCGGCCGUUCACAGCCAUCAUUUGUAGAUCUGAAUAUCAAGCGAGGUUACAGCUUAAGUGAGGUCCCAUGCGUGGUAUUCUAUUUCUGUACAGAUUUCAAACCCACCAAAGCGCUGGUCUCCAAGCCGCCAACGCGUCUUUCCUACGCCUGCCAGCCGAGCGACUUUAAAUGCGUGUCGCAUCCGCACACCUGCAUCAAAGCCUCAAUGGUCUGCGACGGCAUACACGACUGCACCGAUCACUCGGACGAGUUCAAUUGUACGCCACCAGCGCCACCACCGCCAACGACACUGAAGCUUUCCACUUUGACAACACUGGCGACUGCGGGGCCAACAGCCACGGCAACGCCUCAGCCGGUGCCGCUGUCCGCGCCAUCAUCCCAGAAGCCAUCCCACAAGCCGAGCUACAAACGCUGGAAGAAACGCCACAGCGGCCACAAGGAGCGGCGCAGCAAUCACACGCACACGCAUAAACGCAAACAGCGUCUGCGGCUGAAAAAGCGACGCCACCUGCUGUCAACGCCUGUUUUCCGCCCACUCGCAGCGGCAGCGCCACAGUUCCGUCAGCCAAUAAUACCACAGCCGCUACCGGAGCGUCCCACCCCACCUCCUCAGCAGCAGACACGCCCACGCGAUUUGAGCCUAAAGCUGGACCAACAGUCAUCGCAGCUGCGCAUCGGUGAAUCGACAGAGGUUGAAUGUUACUCUUCGGACAGCAGCUACACAGAUGUAAUUUGGGAACGUGCCGAUGGCUCACCACUACCACCGCACAUACAGCAAAUCGGCAAUCGCCUCAUCAUUUCACAUGUCUCGGCUUCCGACGCGGGUAACUAUGUCUGCAAGUGCAAGACCGACGAGGGCGACCUGUAUACCACUAGCUACGAAUUAGGCAUCGAAGAGUGGCCGCACGAAUGGAAGCGCCCGAAGUUGGUGCACGCCAGUGUUGGUUCCACUGCACAAUUGAACUGCGACGCCGAAAUACCGGGCAGCUAUCGUUGGUCUCGUCAGUACGGACAAAUGCAAGCCGAUCGCGUUCUAUUCAAUGAGCGCCUUGAAUUGCAAGAUGUCCAAGCGAAUGACGCCGGUACUUAUAUUUGCACGUCGAAUACACCUGAUGGACUGUCGAUCGACUAUCCCACCAUACUUGUAGUUACUGGCGCCAUUCCACAGUUCCAUCAGGAACCCAUCAGUUAUAUGUCUUUCCCCACACUGCCCGAGUCGUACAUUAAGUUUAACUUUGAUAUCACAUUCCGACCCGAACAAGGCAACGGUCUGUUGCUGUUCAACGGCCAAAAGCGCGGCAGCGGUGACUAUAUCUCACUGUCGCUGAAAGACCGCUAUCCCGAAUUCCGCUUCGACUUCGAUGGCAAACCGUUGGUUAUACGCGCCGAACGUCCAGUCUCACUCAAAGAAUGGCACACGAUACGCGUUAAUCGCUUCCGUCGCGAUGGCUAUAUGCAGAUCGAUGAUCAGCAUCCAGUUGCAUUCCCCACACAAGCGCAGAUCUCCCCGCUGGAUCUAAUCGAAGAUUUGUUCAUCGGUGGCGUGCCUAACUGGGAUAUGCUGCCGCUUGACGCCAUCGACCAACAAGUCGGCUUUGUUGGUUGUAUUAGCCGACUCACGCUUCAGGGUACAAUUGUUGAGUUAAUGAAGGAGGCCAAACUGAAAGAGGGCGUCACUGCUUGCCGUCCGUGUCAACAAAACCCAUGCAAAAAUGGCGGCAUCUGUUUGGAGAGUCAAACUGAAACGGCGUACACUUGUAUCUGCCAACAGGGUUGGACCGGAAAUAACUGCGGCGUCGAGGGCACACAGUGCACUCCCGGCAUUUGUGGUAGUGGACGUUGUGAGAACACUGAGUUCGGCAUGGAAUGCCUUUGUCCAUUGAACAAGACCGGCGAUCGUUGUCAAUAUAUUGAGCAUCUGAAUGAAAACAGCUUGGCAUUCAAACUCAACAGCUACGCAGCUUAUCCCACACCACGCGCUUCCAAACUGAAUGUCAAAUUCAAAGUACGACCAAACUCGUUGCAAGACGCCGUACUCCUUUACGCCGCGGAAUCAAAACUACCCAGCGGCGACUUCAUUGCUGUCUUGCUACAUGACAAACACGUGGAACUGAUUAUAAAUACCGGCGCACGUCUAAACCCUAUAUUGGUGCGUUCGCAGAAUCCACUGCCGAUAAACAAAUGGACCGAAAUUGAAGUGUCACGCCGUUUCGGCGAAGGCAUUUUGCGCGUUGGCAAUGAGUCAGAGCAGCGCGCGAAGGCGACUAAAUUGGCACGCAUUCUGUACAUAAAGACACCGCUAUACCUGGGAGGCUACGAUCACGAAAAUAUUAAACUUAACCGUGACGUGAAUAUCACACAAGGCUUCGAUGGUUGCGUCUCGAGCUUGUUCGAAGGCCAACGACAGAUCAAUCUUAUUGCCGACAUCCAUGACGCGGCGAACAUCCAGAACUGUGGUGAAAUCAAUGAGAUCGACCAGAAUGAAUCGUUCGACAACUACGAGCACGAAGCGACAAAUAUCCAACAAGCGUCAGGCAAACCAAUUGAAUCGCCGAGUGAAAAGGAGGGCCAACAAGUAGACGCAUGCGCGAGUGAUCCAUGUGAAAAUGGCGGCAGUUGCAGCGUGCACAAUGGCGAGGCCAUAUGCGCGUGCACAAUUGGCUUCACCGGAAAGCACUGUGAAGAACACAUAACUAUCGAAUACGAUGCCAACUUCCAUGGCAACGGCUACCUUGAAGUAGAUCGCAAUCAAUUCAACUCAGACGUCGACCAAAAAUACUCAUUUGCAGCAAUGGUAUUCUCCACAACCGAUCCAAAUGGUCUGCUGCUUUGGUGGGGUCAGAAAAAGGACGAGGAAUACACCGGGCAAGACUUUAUGGCGUUAGCCAUAGUCGAUGGCACUGUGGAAUUCUCGUUCCGUCUCAACGGCGAAGAAACCGUCAUACGCAAUCCGGACAAACGCAUCGACGAUGGACGUCGCCACAUUGUGUUGAUCAAACGCACGGACAAUACUGCCAUACUGGAGCUGGACCACCUAUUGGAUGCCGGCGAAACACGUCCGACCGGCAAGGACAAGAUGAGUCUACCGGGACAUGUGUUCAUUGGUGGCACCCCGGACGUUGCCAAAUUCACUGGCGGCCGCUACACCAAGAACUUCAACGGCUGCGUGCGCGUCGUAGAGGGUGAUGCGCACGGUUUAAUACAACUGGGCGCAGUGGCCAUUAGUGGCGAGAAUGUCGACAUAUGUCCGCAAGCCGACGACGAGUCUCUUGGCACCGAACCACCAGUCGUUUGAACGUAGCUUUUAAAUAUUAUGUAUACAUUUUUUUAUAAAUAUAAAUUCUUCACAGAUAAUUUAAUGGAUUCGAAAGCUAACAACAAAAAAUGCAGAUUAAACGAAAAGCACGUCGAGUCCAACUCAUUCGGUAUUCUAUUUUUUUUUGUUCUACUCUCAUUUUGUAACAGAUUUUAACUUAAGCGCACAACAACAAUACAACAAAGCUAAUUUUAAUGAAACUUGUGUCAUAUAUUUUGCAAUAAUUUCUUAAUUUGUAAGUUUAAUUUUUUCGAGGAAAACUGAUUCCAAAUACCAAAAAGUCGACAACUUUCAAAAACUGCCCAGCGCCGCCACUCGUUUUUUCCACUGCGUUAAUUUUGUUCGUUCAAAAUUUUGAGACGUACAAGCGGAAAUUUCUUUUAGUUUUAAUUAACUUAGAGUUAAAUAAAAACCUUAAAAAAUAACCCAUAAAACUAAUGCGAAAAUAUUAUCUGUAAAUUAAUGUUAGUCACGCGUACAUAAACAAUAUUUUUCUGUUCAUUUUCGCAACUGAGUUGCCCCGUGGCAAGGAAAGGAUUGAAGUGGUAAAGAAACAUAUUUAAUUUGAAUGAAAGUUUUAGUUUUGGAAUUUAAUGCUCAAAUUAUUGUUUUUUAACUACGUUAUAGUUUGAAUGCGAACUUUUAGUAAAAAGUUAUAGUUUUUGACCACAACAAAAAAUGUACGCCAGUCUAAUAUUAUAAUAAUUAAUACUAAUGCAUUAAAACACUUCAAAGUAAUAAUUAAUUUUUCUACUUAUAUUUGUAUGUAAAUGAAAAAAACAAAAAGCAAAAAACAAAAACAAAAACGAAACUAAAAGAAAAAAGAAAAUCGAUACGACUAUCGUUAUGUAUGGCAAAUAAUUGUAUAAAGCGUUAAUAAGUAAAUAAAUAAUUAAUAUUAAUAGUAAAAGUAAAAAAAAUAAAUGAACAGCGACUAAAAAUAAACGAAAUAAAUCUUUGCUUUGAAAUGUGCAAAUAUAAAAUCUGUUUU